CAUUUGAUUUGCUGACCACACAGUUGUACGACCAAUCUACAACAAGUGGCACCUGCCCGUUCCAUGGCAGCAUUCCAAUCUCCUCCUCCUCCUCCUCAUUUCUGCUUCUCAUCUCGUCUCACAUCUCAACGUCAGGUACUACCGCCUAUGCUAUCAGGCAGCCAUGUCUCUCUCUCUUCAUUCAAUUGCGCACGUAUAGAUGGAUGAAGGGGAUGUGCUGUGCGUUUUCCAUUUCCCACUCCACAAUGACGGUGCGGGUACGUACGGCAAGCCAUGUAUUGAUUCCAUGACAAGACACAUGGCUGCCCCGUUUAUUAUCAUCAAGUAGAUGCCGCAAACCGUUGACAGGUCGGUAGAGUAGCUAACAGCUAGCCAGCCACCUAGGAAGAUAGCUGGCGGCUGCCAAACCUUGGUCCGUCUAGCACUGACAAGGACGGAGGAUUGUCGUUGUUGACCAUGAUGCAUGCAUGUAUACAUGUAUACAUUGUUAUCAUGUACACUGAGUACGUGGACAGGUAUUUGAUUACCCUGUACAAAUUUCCCUAUUGGGCAUGCAGACACGGCACUACGUAUGCAGCCAUGCAUGCAGCAACCACUUAGCAGGGCGCGGCGUCUGCCAAACUGCGCUGCUUGCGAGCCUCAAUGCUACCGUCAGCUCGUUGUCGAGAGGCUUUUUUUUUUCCUUCUCCCUUAUCCUUUAUUGCCGACUCGAUGCUACAGCAACCAGGCGGGCGGCCAGUGGUAGCAGGCCCCAGCCCGGCCAUCUCACUCGCUGCUCGUGAUGCAAUGCAAGCGAUGUGCUCACGGAAAUGCCAGUUGCAGAUGGCGAGGGAUAUCUCAGAUUCCUUGGCAGGCUGCCGCAACCCGGCUCCCUCUCUCGGUGUGUGUCUCCCCUCGUCGUCUUUCAUCUCGCCUCUGUCGCCACGAGAUCGGCUUCGGAAAUCGCGGCGGCAUGCCCCUCUUUGGAGUCUUCUGAUGCUGCCCACUGGCAACCAAUCUACAUGGCAAACUACCUAACUACGUAGGUGGGUGGGUGCCUGGCGAUCAGUAGAGCAGACCAAAGCAACCACCACCACCACCGCCGCUCUGCUACGCACACCGAGAUACGCCAAAGGCUGGGGCGCACGGGCGAACAUGGCCCCCCUCCCUGUCGAUGGACGCAGCUAUCUGGUGUGCUUGGUGGCUGCCAUUGGCCCCGUGGACCGCCUUCUCGCUGUUAUCGUAAUCUCGAGUCUGACGGCGUCGCCAGCAACAUGAAGAUGAGCCAGAAGUGUUUCACCCUGCCAGAAUCCAACCCAGAGCUAAUCUGCCUUUGGCCUCGGGCCAAGCUGCAAUUUGGACAUGCGCAGUUGGCGACCAAUACAUCGCGACUCCUGGUUGGCCAAUGCAGGGCACGCUUACCCACCCCUCUCAUCCAUCCAUCCAUCGCGAACGUGCCA